CACCUGAGGUGAGGUCAUCGUUGUUGUCUUGAUUGUCAAAUCAACUGUCAUGUCGAAAUAGUGUCCCAAUGAAUGAAGUGUCCCAACAAGCCCGAUCAAAAUAAAGUUGUAUUUUAUUGGUUUUCAUAAAUUCAAAUCUCCAAAAUGGGUUUAUUUGGCAAAUCCCCGGAGCGAAAUCCAAAAGAAAUGGUCAAUGAUUGGUCACAUAAACUUCGUAAGGAAGGGUACAAUUUGGAUAGACAAAUAAGAAGUAUUCAGCGUGAAGAAGAAAAAAUAAAGCGCUCCCUCAAAGAAGCAGCUGGAAAGAAUGACAAACAAAUAUGCACUAUACUCGCCAAAGAAAUAAUUCGGUCUCGGAAAGCCAUAAGCAAAAUAUACACCAGCAAAGCCCACUUGAACUCUGUACAAAUGCAAAUGAACCACCAGCUAGCAACCUUGAGAGUAGCAGGAUCAUUACAAAAAUCUACAGAGGUGAUGCAAGCGAUGCAAGCCCUAGUGAAGCUGCCAGAAGUGGCGCACACAAUGCAGGAGUUGAGCAAGGAGAUGAUGAGGGCCGGCAUCAUCGAGGAGAUGCUGGACGAGACCAUGUCCAGUGUGGAGGAUGAGGAGGAGAUGGAGGAGGCGGCACAGAGCGAAGUGGACAAGGUGCUAUGGGAGCUGACACAAGGCAAAUUGGGCGAAGCGCCCGCGCCGCCGUCAGCGGUGGGGGCUCCGGCGGCGUCCACCAGCAAGCAGGAGGACGCGGUGCCUGAUGAGAGCGAGCUCGAUGAGAUGCAGUCCAGAUUAGAAGCACUACGGUCGUAGGAUGAACCGUCAUGUUUUAAUUUUGGCGCCUAAAAACAGACACGUAUUGUCGACGCAUAAAAUGCCUUACGAUUAUUUGUAAAUACUGUUGUAAUUAAGUUUGCUGUAAACUAAUCAUUUUAAUGUUGUUAAUGGCUUGCAUUUUACCAGUUUUGAAAUUAUAUUAUUAUUUAUGUUAAAAUACUAAAGAUACUUUCGUAGUGAAUAUUUCUGAUAAUAUGUUAUUGAUUAAAUAUAAGGGUUGUCGUUUUAAUGUAAUGGUACCCUAAAAACCUAUUUUAGUCAAGAUAUCUAAAAUCUGACACCAGUGUUAGCAAUUAGCACACUUGAAAGAAUAGUCAAGGUAUAUCUCGUUAUGUCGAUGUGAAAGAUUAAAAAAAUGACACGAUCUCAUGUUAUGCUAACAUGAGAUCGUGUCAUUUUUUUAAUCUAAAUAAGGUUUCAACAUUUUAUGUGAAUGAAUAAAAUGUAUAUAUUUUAUUUCUAAAAUAUCUUUAUCCUUUGAGAUGUCACCCCAAAUAAUAUGAAUGCUUAUUCCAUGGUGGAUUUUGUAAACAAAUCAUUGUAAUUGGCAAGUAAACUGAGCAAAGUAGAUGGUUAAGUGGAGUUUGAUCUCACAGUUAUUUAAUAUAUAGAAGUGGAAAACAAUGUGACCUAUUUAUUUUGGGUAAAAGGCAAAGAAAACUAUAGACAAGGGGUUAGCGUAGCCACAUGAGAUAGAACUAUUCAAUACGCCUGCCUACCAGUCAAAUCGCGGUAGGCCAUCGCGCUCUGUCCCGUUACGUGUAUUUCCACGCAUUUCCCUUUCUUGCAAGAGCGAAAUUGAAGAUACAUACAAUCUACAGUUUUCUCUGUCCACCCUUUAGGUUAAUAUUUUUUUUCGUUUCCAAUAACUAUUGUAUUUAUAUUUCAAUAAUUAUGGUAAGUAGUUUCCAACUUCACAUUUUACAAGAAAAUGCCAUAAAACGAGAGUAUUUUAUCACAAAUAGUUCGAAUAUUUAACCACCAAUUUAGGGACCGUCCAUUAAUCACGUGAUGUUUUUUACCAUUUCUCGCCCUUUUGAUUUUUGCAGAACCCCCUCUCUACCCCUUUCAAGCCCCACGUAAUUAACGGACGAACUUAUAAGACACGACUUACGUGUCUAAUCGAUUACGAUUUUUUAUAAAAAGUUUGUUUUAAACAAGGUACAAGUUGAUAUAUUGUACAAUAAUAUACUAUACACUGUUGUUGGUGUAAUUAAAAAAUAUAUUUAUAUUAAACUGCUGCACUAACAAA